UGUAGCCGGUAGAUCAAUUUUUUUUUUUGUUUAUCAUAAACUAUAAUACUGUAUUAAAAUAGAAAAACAAAAUGUGCUAAAUAAAGAAAAUGUUAGACUUUGUAAUAUUUAAAUAAAAUAUAAUUUAGCAAAUAUAAAAUUUGAGGGCAAAUUAUACAAAGAAAGAAAAAAAAAAGAAAUGCCUAGUGAAUGUUUUAUAUUUUUUGAUAAUCCUAAUGGUGUAUUUUAUACUGGAUCUUCAGUUUCUGGACGAUUUGAAUUAGUGACAACGACCAGCAAAAGAAUUCGAGGAAUUGUUGUUCGAAUAACUGGUAAUGCUAAUGUCUGUUGGGAAGAAGAGUAUACUGAAAAAGAAAAUGGAAAAGAAGUUACAAAAUUUAGAGAAUAUACAAAUCAUCAAUCCUAUUUAAAUUAUGAAAAUUUUGUACUUGGAUCGCAAUAUGCUAUUGAAUUUGAUCUGAAUCCUGGAACAUAUAAUUAUACUUUUAAUUGUGAACUCCCAGCAAAUUUACCAUCAUCAUUUACAGGAAGAUAUGGAGAAAUAAUUUAUGAAGUAUGUGUUGAAAUUGAUCGAGCUGAUCUAGCAUAUAAUAAUAAAUUUAAACAAGCAUUUACCGUGAUAUAUUUACUAGAUUUGAAUGUAAAUCCCGAUUAUAGACAACCUAAAUCUACAAUUGAUGAAGUAAGUUAUACGUGCUGUAGUUGUUUUUUUGGUAGUGGAGUUGUUGAAGCGGAAAUAACAAUACCAUAUGGUGGUUUUGUAUCAGGACAAGAUAUUCCGUAUAAGUUACUUGUUACAAAUGAUACAAAUUCUGAUAUAGAUGACAUCUCAAAAGUUGAACUUGUAAGAAAAGUAACAUUUGAAAGUGAGACACCAGAAAGUGAAUUCAAAUACCGUGAAGUUUCAUUAGAUGAAAAACAAGUAGGAAAAAUUUUAAGAUUAUCAAAGAAACAAUUUGAAAAUACAUUAGAAGUACCGACAGCACCACCAACAACACCAAAAAAUUUUGGUUGUUGUAUUCGUAUCGAAUAUUUUAUUAAGGUUGGAAUUGUUACUGCUUGUUGUGCCAGUAAUCUUGUUUUAAAUCUUCCUAUUACAAUUGGAAGUGUACCAAUUACUAAUUCAGAAGGAUUAAGUGAGAUUACAUUACAUCAACCAGCAUCACAACGUUGGGAAGAAACUGCGGUAGGCUCCUUAAGGAACUUAGAUUUACCUCCUCGAUAUACUGGCCCACCAUCAUACGAAGAAGCAAAAAAAUUAUCAGAAGACUUUGAAAAAAAACGAAAAGGAAUAGAUAAGCAAUUUGAGUUUGCGCCAAAAUAUCCAACAUAUUUUAAUUAUAGAGAACCAACUGCCCCAAUUGAAAAUAAUAUUUGAUAUGCAAAUGCUUGUGAAUACGACACGUACCUAGUGUAAUUGUUCUUUUUUCGAAUAUUUUAAAUUAUUUUUAAAUGAAAAAACAAACUAAAGCUUAGUACUUAUAUAAAUCACAUGAAAUAUUUUGAUAAUUGAAGUUUUUUUAAUAUUUUGAACUUUGUGAAAUAGCGUUAAAUAUAAAUUAAUGUUUAAAGCUUUAAACUAAUUUUUCUUCUAUAAACCUAAUAUAAUAUUCGUAACAUAUAUUGUACUAUUUUAAUAAGAUAUUAGGUGUUUACUAUGAAAUAUCUUUAAAAUGUGAUAUUUUAGAAAAUUCAGGACUCAAUUUUUUACAAUAUUUUUCGUAUUCACUUUUUUUUUUAUUUUUACAUAUCGAAAAUUUGUUUUACACUGAAGUUGUAAGUUUGUUUCCGGUAUAUAAUAAAGUGACUUAUUUUAGUAAUCUCAAUUAAUAUUAAUUAUUAAUUGAAAAAAAUAAUCUAGUAUGUGAUUUAUAAAGCACUCAAAUCGAUUUGCUUAUUGCUUUUGUAAUAUUAAUAAUUGUUUGGCGCAUUAUGUUUG